ACUUUGCCUUGCAUCGCAUCCCACCCACCCCCCCGGAUUCGCCCCCAACCCUGCUUCCGGGGACAGCGAGGGUUCGAGGCCGGAGUUCGGCGAAGAUGGUGGACGUGUCGCGCGUGCAGAAGGAGCUGACUGAGUGCAACCGGGACUCGGCGAUCUCCGGCGUCUCCAUCGCGCUCCACGACGGGGGCUCCAGCAUCUCCCACCUCACCGGCACCAUCGCCGGGCCACAGGAUACCCCCUACGAGGGGGGCACCUUCCGCAUCGACAUCCGCCUCCCCGGCGGUUAUCCCUUUGAGCCUCCUAAGAUGCAGUUCAUCACCAAAGUAUGGCACCCUAAUAUUAGCAGCCAAAAUGGAGCAAUUUGCUUGGACAUACUGAAAGACCAGUGGAGCCCAGCCCUUACCUUGAAGACGGCGCUGCUAUCCCUUCAAGCUCUGCUUUCUACUCCUGCACCUGAUGAUCCUCAGGAUGCUGUUGUUGCACAACAGUACCUGCGUGACAAAUCCACAUUUCUUAAUACGGCUCGGUAUUGGACGGAGGCAUUCGCAAAGAGUGAUUCAACUGGCAUGGAAGAAAAGGUGCAGAAGCUGGUUGAAAUGGGCUUCCCGGAGGAUAUGGUGAGAAGUGCCCUGCUGAGUGUCAACGGCGACGAGAACAUGGCUCUUGAAAAGCUCUGCUCCAGCUGAAGCUCUAUGGUCUAUCAGCACUGUAAAUCGCGUCCCCAUUCAUUAUAAGACAACGAUUCUAGCUAAUGCCCAUGCUCCUGAGGCCUUUAGGACACUAUAGGGGAUUGGACCAGGGGACUGAAGUGAAUGCCACCUAUCGUAACUUGACAGAUUUGUUUCAUUUGGUUCCCUUUCUCAUGGUUUAGAUCCCUCCCGUCCGUGAGCCCAGAUUAAUAGGUUUCGCCCAUGCAAAGCCCAUUCAUGUCCAGUGUCGCAACCUGAAUGUGAUGGGCCAUAUCUGGUUAAAGUACUAAUCUGGAUGGGUCAUGGAACCCAUUGCUCCAGAUGGCGCAUGUUUCAUUCCGUUAUGAGCACGCGCUUGCUUGCAUGGUCAGUUCGAAAA